AUGAUAGCGGUGGCACCGCUCAUUGAUUCCAAAUAUGUGAAGAAGGCUAUUGCAAUACUCUACGUUUUAGUUCCUAUUUUAGUUAUAUUUUUUAUGAUAGUAAGCAGUUCGAGAAAAAAUAAGAAAAAACUUGUAGACACAAUGUAUGAAAACAUAAUGCCUACUGCUUGUAGCAUUUCAAUGAUUCCUGUUGCUAUAAUUGAUUUCGUGUAUGAUCAAAUGGUAUUGAAGCAGGAUCUUUUGAGCAUGUUGCUGUUUACAUUUAUUUUGAUGAGUGUGAUUGAAUAUGUUUUCAUUGAUGAAAAAAGCUUGAGUCCUGAUAAUACUGCUCGGCAUAAACUGAAACAUUGGAGCAACAUUGCCAUCUUUGCUUUACUGAUUAUAGUGAAUGGAAUUCAAAUACUUAAUGUAGUAUCCUUAUAUGGAGAAGAUUACAAAGAGAAGAGAUGGAUGAUUCAAUUAAUAUGUAUUUUUAGUAGGAUUGCUUCUACUCUUUAUAAAAGCUAUUGUUUACAAGGUAUUGGAGCUAUUAUCUAA